AUGGAGUUAGUUGAUUUGCCGGUUGUUGGUAACAGAUUUACUUGGUUCAGUUCUAGUGCCAAGUGUAAGAGCAUACUCGAUAGAUUCUUAUUUUCAAAAGGUUUGAUCAAAGAAUGGAAUCUUGAUGUUCAAUAUGUUGGUGAUCGUUAUGUUUCAGAUCACAUGCCUAUUUGGGUGAAAAUCUACAAUUCUAAUUGGGGACCUAAACCCUUCAAAGUGUUUAGGUGUUGGUUCGAUCAUCUGAAUUUCAUGGAUUUCGUAAGAAGGGAGAGGAAUUCUUUUCAGGCUUCAAGGAAAGCAUGCUUAAACAAAAAUCAAGAUCGAAGUGGGUGA